AAAGGGCCCCGCUGGUUCAAGUGAGGAUAGGGACCGUCCUGGGCUGAACUCCGCGUUACAAAUAGCAGCUGCCGUUUUCCAAGUGGAGCAGAGUGGAGGUGCGCCACGCCGGUGAUAAUAUUAAGUAACAGCGCGGAGUGGAUCUGCAGCGUCGAGCCGCGGAGCAGCGCUCCUUCCUGAGCCCGACCAGAAGACCAGCUCUCAUCAGUCCUGAGAGGUGGCACUGUUGCUGCACGCGGAGAGUCCAGCGAGCACUCAGCACCACGCAGCGGCACCCUCCACCCUCAGCAGCGAGGAGAGACUCAGUGGACCCCUGACUGUGUGAUGUUUGAGGAGGAGUCCCAGCAGAUGAGGGGGCAGCAGGAAGUGGCUGUGCUCCAGGCUCUGGAGUCAACUGCAGCCCCAAGCGGAGGAGGAGGAGGAGGAGGGCCUAUGUCCUUCACCGAUGAAGCCGUUUCCAUCCUGACCUCCAGCAGCAUGCUGGCGCGCUCCCUGCUGGGCCGCCCCUCUGCCAUCAAACGCAAAGAAAGUCCCCCCUCCAGCAUCCGGCGCAAGCGCGAGUUCAUCCCUCUUGACAAAAAGGACGAGGGCUACUGGGACAAGAGGAGGAAGAACAACGAGGCAGCGAAGCGCUCGCGAGAGAAGAGGCGUGUGAAUGAUAUGGUCCUGGAGAGCCGGGUUCUGGCUCUGCUGGAGGAGAACGCUCGCCUCAGGGCGGAACUUUUGGCCCUGAAGUUCCGCUUUGGCCUGGUCAAAGACCCCUCAAACGCCCCUAUUCUGCCCCUCACCACAGCUCCUCACCACACCUCUCAAACCUUGACUCCUCACUAUUAUGUCCACAGAGGGGAUGGAGGCCUCCCCAGUUCCUCAGUCUCACACCCCAACAGCCAGACCGGCCAACUGGGCACCAGGGGCUCCAGGGAUGCUGGCAACAUGUCGGAGGACUCGGGGUUCUCCACGCCAGGUGGGUCCAGCGUGGGCAGUCCGAUCUUCUUUGAAGACCGGCUGAGCGACCAUGGGAAAUUAUCACCCCACAGGGCAGAGGAGCUGGGCUAUGACCUCCACCCCUCCCCUGCUGACGUCCUCCACACUGCAGGACCCACCCCAGGCAAGCUGGACCAAGCUGAGUCAAUGAAAAACCUUCCUCACAAGCUACGCUUCAAGACGCCAGGCAGCGGGGACACAGGUGAUGCCGCAGGGGACAGACGCAGCCCCGCGCCAUCCACAGCAGGACGGGAAGGUCCGAGGGAGGCCCCUAAAGGACUGAGUGCGGGUGAGACAGGAGCAGGGCAGUGCACUGGCUCCUGGCUCCAGCAGCUGGAGGGGGAGGAAGGCAGGAGGGGGAGACAGUCCCCUCAGUACAACGCCUCCGCUGCUGGCUGCAACCUCCAGCCUCUUCCCAUGCAAGGACAAAGCGAGAUGCAGUACAAGCAUGAGAACACUCACCUGAAGUCUCAGCUGAACUCUCUGAGCGAGGAGGUGGCUCAGCUGAAGAAGCUUUUCACAGAGCAGCUAAUGGCCAAAGUCAACUGAGGAGCGGGGCCGUGGGACAGUCGGGGUGUGCCGAUGUCUAGACUUUUAUGGACGAGCCAAGUUUUGCUGUGAGUGAGCCUAGAAAUCCAGCGCAAAAACAGGAGUGCUGGACCAUGCAGACGUCCACAAGGACUACUAAAACUCAACUUUCAACUCUAACACUUUUACCAAUGUGCUGUUUUUAAUUUCAAAUACUGUAUUAUAUUGUAAGAAAUGUCUAUAAACAUUCAUCUCAUAAACUGCUGUUUAAAAGCGACUUAGUCUCAGCUCCGAUCAAUGUUUCUCAGACAGGGAGUCUUAUAUGUAAAUGUAGUGUUGAGUGUACUGUAAAAUAGUUUCUCUACUCCAUACACUGUGACAACUAAAAAACACAGCGUCAAACUGCUUUCAGUUUACUGUGUCACAUCAUUACAGCGCGAGCUUAAACUAAUCGGCUCACGUCAUUAAGAGAUAACAGCUUUUGGAAGCCACGUUAAAUUCGAUUAGAAGCUAGCCUGCAGCUCGUUAACGCACCAAAAAGGAGGACGUGUUUGCAGCUGUGUAGCUCGAGUGGUGUGACUUACCGCACGAGUUUCCCACAACUGGGACAGGUCUGUAAACACAGGCAGAGACAGACGGUAAAUACUCAGAAAUAAAACUAUUGGCUGUCCUAACCCUCAGUGGUGUUGAGGACUCAAAGAAAGGUCUGUUCUGAAUCAGUUUUCCCGCACAAAACGUUUGCUGGGCUUGUUCAUCGUCACUUGUGAUGUGUCACACAGUCAAGGAACUCCUCUUAGACACUGUAUGCAUACAUGUACUGUUUUGGUGUUUCACAUCUCACUUCGGUCUCUGCUCACGCCCAGUGUGAAUACUUUUUAUUACUGUCAUGUUAUCUGUACUGAGGUGAUGACAAGAAUUCAAUGUCUGCUGUCUUUCAUUUCAUAUUAAAAAUAAAUACGUUUGACAGA